AUGGCGGCGGCGGGCGCGGGGCCGGCGGCGUCUGCCACCUCGGCGGUUCGGGCGCCGGCGCUGGAGGCUCCGGGGGCGCCCGAGGACCGGCUCUUCCUGGUGAAGGGUGGCAUUUUCCUCGGAACUGUUGCCGCCGCUGGGAUGCUGGCAGGGUUCGUGACGACUUUGUCGGUGGCCAAGAAGAAAAGCCCGGAAUGGUUCAACAAGGGCAGCAUGGCCACAGCAGCAUUGCCGGAGAGUGGGUCUGCGCUUGCCCUGCGAGCCCUGGGCUGGGGCUCGCUGUGCGCCUGGUGUGGGGUCGGCGCAAUCAGCUUCGCUGUCUGGAAAGCACUGGGAGUCCACAGCAUGAAAGACUUUCGAAGUAAAAUGCAAUCGAUUUUUCCAACAAUUCCCAAGAAUUCUGAGUCACCCGUUGAGUGGGAAGAAGCAUGGAAAUCCAAAUGAGAUGAAGUUGGUGGAUAUAUUCCAAAAGGGUUGCUAUGAAAAAUUUGACUGUAGAGACACAAUAGCCGAAGGACUCGAGUCAAUUUC